AGACCAGGAGAGACAGUUUCCCUCUUUGCUGCGUCUGCGCGCUGGCCUUUCAUCCGGGUACUGGAAGACGAUGAAUGCUCCUUUCCAAGAUGGCGGCGGAGGGAGGAGGGAAGGAGAUGAACGAGAUUAAGACCCAGUUUACCACCCGCGAGGGGCUCUACAAGCUCCUGAGCCACUCGGAGUACAGCCGGCCCAACCGGGUGCCUUUCAAUUCGCAGGGCUCCAAUCCCGUUCGCGUCUCCUUCGUCAACGUCAACGACCAGAGUGGCAAUGGGGACCGGCUCUGCUUCAAUGUGGGCCGGGAGCUUUACUUCUACAUUUACAAGGGGGUCCGCAAGGCUGCUGAUUUGAGUAAACCAAUAGAUAAAAGAAUAUACAAAGGAACGCAACCUACAUGUCAUGACUUCAAUCACUUAACAGCCACAGCAGAAAGUGUUUCUCUUCUAGUGGGCUUCUCUGCAGGACAGGUGCAGCUAAUAGAUCCUAUUAAAAAAGAAACUAGCAAGUUAUUUAACGAAGAAAGACUAAUAGACAAGUCCAGAGUAACUUGUGUAAAAUGGGUGCCUGGUUCAGAAAGUCUCUUCCUAGUAGCUCAUUCCAGUGGCAAUAUGUACUUAUAUAAUGUGGAACACAACUGUGGUACCACAGCUCCACACUAUCAGCUACUUAAACAAGGAGAAAGUUUUGCAGUCCAUACGUGCAAAAGUAAAUCUACACGAAAUCCUUUACUUAAAUGGACAGUAGGUGAAGGUGCCCUAAAUGAAUUUGGUUUUUCUCCAGAUGGAAAAUUCUUGGCAUGUGUAAGUCAGGAUGGCUUUCUUCGUGUAUUUAACUUUGAUUCAGUUGAAUUGCAUGGUACAAUGAAAAGCUACUUUGGAGGACUGCUGUGUGCAUGUUGGAGCCCAGAUGGAAAAUAUAUUGUAACAGGUGGAGAAGAUGAUUUGGUGACUGUCUGGUCUUUUGUGGACUGUCGAGUGAUAGCUAGAGGCCAUGGGCACAAAUCAUGGGUCAGUGUUGUGGCCUUUGAUCCAUAUACAACCAGUGUAGAAGAAAAUGAUCCCAUGGAAUUCAGCGGCAGCGAUGAGGACUUCCAAGACCUCCUCCAUUUUGGACGAGAUCGAGCAAAUAGCACGCAGUCAAGAUUAUCAAAAAGGAACUCUACAGAGAGUCGCCCAGUAAGUGUAACGUACAGGUUUGGCUCAGUAGGUCAGGACACACAACUAUGUUUAUGGGACCUAACAGAAGACAUCCUCUUCCCACACCAGCCCCUCUCAAGAGCAAGGACACAUACAAAUGUCAUGACUGCCACAAGUCCCCCCACAGGAAGUGGUGGAGCUAACCCAGGAAGUAAUGGGAAUAGCAUCACAACACCUGGAAACUCUGUACCACCUCCUCUUCCACGUUCCAAUAGCCUUCCACAUUCUGCAGUUUCCAAUUCUGGCAGCAAAAGCAGUGUCAUGGAUGGUGCCAUUGCCUCUGGUGUUAGUAAAUUUGCAACCUUAUCAUUACAUGACCGGAAGGAAAAACACCAUGAAAAAGAUCAUAAGCGAAAUCAUAGUAUGGGACAUAUAUCUAGUAAGAGCAGUGACAAACUGAAUCUAGUUACUAAAACCAAAACAGACCCAGCAAAAACUUUGGGAACGCCUCUGUGCCCCAGAAUGGAAGAUGUUCCUUUGUUAGAGCCUCUUAUCUGUAAAAAGAUAGCACAUGAAAGACUGACUGUGUUAAUUUUUCUUGAAGACUGUAUAGUCACUGCUUGUCAGGAGGGAUUUAUUUGCACAUGGGCAAGGCCUGGUAAAGUGGGUGUUUUGCCAUCCCAAAACCAGGCCAAUUCUCCAAGUGGAACUGUAGUAUAGCCAUCACACUCCUCCUAGGAAACCUUUGAACACAGAACAAGAAGUAAUGACAAUGGAACCAGAAGCUGCUGUUCAGCCAGAGAGCAUCACAAAUUCUUAAAAGGCAGAGUGUUAUGUGAAUCACAUAGUGUUUUACAAAAUAAUUCUGUAAUGAGUUAUAUUUUUACAUCUAAUACUUUGAGGCUGCUCACCUAAGGAAGAAUUUUGCUUAAAAAUGCUUCCUUUGGUGCUACAAUUAAAAAUCACAAUUGCUUUAUAUUUCAAAGUGUAAUUUAAUCACAUACCUACAUUCACACACAUCUACACGUGUAAAAUAAAAUGUUUCUUAAAUCCAAGUAAGUUUAAUGGUGUUAUAAAUUAGAAUAUUAUUGUUGAGUUUUUUUUUUCUUUGCACUGCUUUUUAAAAUUGAAGAUGGUUAACCUGAAAAGCUCUCAUGGGAAAUUAAAGUCAUUACUUUCUGGCUUCACAAAUGUUAAUUCAGGAAGAUGGAUGCUACAAUCAUAGGUUUUUCUAAAAAGAUUGUUUGCACUUAAAUAGCGUAAUGCUAGUAGAUAAUUAAUUUUUAAAUGGGUGUUUGGGCAUCCUCUAAAGUUAUGUUAUAAAGAAACAAAUCCUUUGUAUCAAACAUUUUAUUUUAAUAAUGUUUCAACUACAGUCAAUCUGUAUUAUAUAUGUAAAUAAUGUAAUUCAGUGAUUGGGGAAAUCAUUACACUAGUAAUUUUAAUCAUUUAAGAAAGUGAUAUUUCUAAUUCAGAAAAUACAUAUUAAACUAUCUUGAAUAUGCAGUUUUGUUUACUUUCUGUUUAAAUCACCCUUGAUGUAACUUUUUGAAUGUAAUAUUUUUGGUAUGGACAUGAUUUAAAUUCUUGUAGAAAAUGUUAUUUCUGAAAACACUCAGGUCAGAUUUAGGAGCUAUUGAACUGGGCUUUUAUUAAUAGGUGUUAUUUUCCUGCACUUUAUUCUAAAUGGCUUUUCCUCAGUACAGUUUAGAACACUACAAAGUUCUUAAGCCUAGUUUUUAAAAUAUAUGUUAAUUAACAGUGGUAGUCACCAUUUUCAUGCAUUGGGAAAUUAUAAUUUAAUAUCUGUUAAUGUGAUUAGAAACACUAAAAUGUUUAUUUAAAAUUAUUGUAACAACAGUAGGUUGCCACUGUAGAAUAAUGUGCCAAAGUACAUAGUUCUCCUGUUUCAAUGAAAAAUGGAUGCCUUGUUGGAGGAUAAAUAUGAGAGUCUGCUGCUUGGUUAGUUCUAUUAAACUAAUUUUGAACACACUGAAAUCUGAAGAAUCCCCUUCAGUUUUUUUUUUCCUUGAAGAAUAUGCUUUCUGCUUGAUAGUGGAAUUAUGCGGCUGAGGAUUCCUCUCUAGAGAUCAGAUCAAGAGGCAGAAAUUCCCAGAUUCUUGUCAAAGUUGUAUCAGCAUUUCAGCCAUUGUGAAGCAAGGCCAGCCCAUUUCUUGUAGGGCUGGAGCCUCAGGAUGCACAUAGAAAAAGAAGCAGAGCUUGCAUUGCAACCAUUCAAUGCUGCUUUCUUCACAUCCUUCCUCCCCAUCCCCCCAGCUCUAUCAAAAGCCAUGAUGGUUGGGUUGGUUUCCCCCCCCCCCCCUUGGGCUGAGAAGUUGUAUAGGUAGUUCCCUCUAUCCCCAUGCCACUCUUAUUUGAUGGUGGUUCUGAAGCAAAAGAACUGGGGAAGCAAAGAGCUUAUUUGAAUACUGGUAGUUGCAACGUAGUCUCCUCACUUUCUGGCUAUGGAAAAAGAGUGCUAAAAACUACAUGGACCACUUUUUGAUAAUGUUUCAAGAUUGUAGAUUUUAUGUAUAUGAAUGUCUGUGCAGAUAAUCCUGCUAUUUGCUGGACUUCCACAGUUAACACUGCCUCGCACACUUUUUGAAAGAGUUUCAUUAGUGUCUGCAAUGCAUUACUAUUCAUUGGGCUACAUAUAAGCCCUUUUGACAGACUCCAAAGUGCUUUUGGGCUUAUAGUAAAUGCUUUCAAAAUUAGUUCGAAAUAACUAAAUAGUGUCAGGCUAUUUUUGAUUGCAUAGUACAAACUGCUAAUGAAAGCAAAAUAAAAGUGCCAUUUUAACUACUGUGCAUCGGCAGGUUUAGAUCUUAGGUAAGACAUUUUUAUGCCUUAAGAACAAACCAUAGUUUGCUUCACACUUUGAUAAGCCUUAAACAUGAAUUAUAUAUUAUAAUGCCUGGAUUCAUACAUCAUGCUAAGCCAAAACUACAUAAGCCAUAUUAUGGCUCAGCACAGUGUGUGAACCAGCUGCUUAAAACCAAAAAUUUGGAUUUAACUGUGAAC